AUUGGUUUACCCCGUUUGAAUUUACUUGGCGCCAGAACUGGCGAUUUUUAAGUACAUUUCUCAGUCUGGUCACCCUGUAUAGAUAGAAAAAGAAGCGAUAAGAUAAGUGCAAUUUCAGCAACUUACGAAAUUGUUCAGUUGAGUUCAGUUGACGAAUAUCGGUAGUCGGGAUUGUGUGCUACACGCUAACUCUCUAUUGUUAAAAAAUCGAGAAUUUUCCAUUAGAUCAGAAGAAAAGGAGUUAGACUCCAUCUCAAAACUGAUCCAGAUGGAAGUGACAAAGAAUCUAAACUUUUUAAAUGAAUUAGCAUUAUCAUUGGGCGAACAACCUAUACACACAUUUCCAGUAAAACCGUACCUGGAAAAAGAACUGUCCAAAACAUCUGGUGAAUUUGCUACAAACGCUUCAUUAUUUAGAUCGAACAAUUCGGGCUUUUCAAUCGCCAAAAUUAAUUCAGUGCAUAAUAUAUUUAAUUCCCUGCAUUACCGACUAGCAAAAGAAAAGUAUGAUACAGUUUAUAAGGAGGGAUAUGACGAAACUUUGAUGUUUCACGGAACAAAACAAGAUUUUUUAGACGGAAUUUGCACUUUCAACUUCGACAGAUCUAAGAUAAGAACGCACAAGUUCGGCUGUGGAAUUUCAUUCGCCUCAAAUCCCUUCUACGCCACGCACUACCACCAUGACAACAAAAAGAGACAAGACAAAGUAAUGAUAAUAGCAAAGGUACUUGUAGGACGUACAUUCGAGAUAGGCAACCAGGCAAUGACCAUUCCGAAGACAAUGUGCUACACCUCAAAAAACGUUCCUCAAACGGUCAUUGUCAAAUACGACGAUCAUACAUUUUUGCCAGUUGCUAUUGUUCAUUACCGCGGACAACAUUUUAAUCAAGACGUUCUAUCUAAUAUGUCUUCAUAUUUCGGUUUAGGUAGCAUAUAUGAAAUGAUGUAAGUUAAAAUGUAAACCUCCGUAAAAGUCCCAAGCCCUAUAAGUAAUACAGAAAAGAAACUAAAAACGAACAUUUUUUUUUUAAUUAAUAAAGAGUAAAAAUAUUUCAACAAACAUCAACAUCAGUAUUAAGUAAGUCAGAACAGAUUGUAAAUGUAUUGAAAUUGGAAAUUUCAAUAACAUCUAUUUUUUAUUCAGGAAAAAGUUGUACUUACGGGAGGGAAAUCUGAUAUCUUUAAUUUUAAUCAUGAAUAAAGUUUCCAGUAUUAUUCGUUAGUAUUAUCGUAGAAUUUUUAUUUGUAUUUAACGCGUUUCAAAUGUCAAAGUACUUAAUUAUUAAGUUUUAUAAUUCUUUUGCUUUUAAACAGAAUUUUUAUACAUAAUAAAGAUGCACAAUAAAAGUAUUGCAUAUUUAA